UCAUCCUGCGGUUCUGCAGUCUUUGCUAUUCAGACUGUUGCUCAGUUGGAAUGCUUCUGAGGGGCCGAUCCUGAGCUUCUAUAGAUAUUUUUUAAGGACCUACUCGUUUGGAGGUAUCAGUGGCAUUUUGCAAGAUCAUCUAAGGAACAGGAAAACAUCUGAAAUCUACUGAAAAGGAUAACUAGCCGUUUUCACAGUGGAAGGAAACUAUUGGCACAGAGGCAGAUGAUUGAAUAAAGUAGUUGGCUCACAGAAGAUGCACAGUCUGCUGUUCUUUCCUCUGAAUGAAGACUAUUUAAUGGAAGCUGUAUUCAUGUGGAGGUCAAAGGAAACACUGGAAUGAUAAAAUACUGUCUUUUUUUUUCUCUCUUUUUUUCUAAAAAGAAAAGCCUGAAGCAGUAAUUUGAGCUCAGAUGCCUUCUAAUUCCUUCGCAGCCUGCCUGUGCUAUUAGGAUUCUCUGCUAACACUAUUUCUGCCUGCUGCCUGUGCCCUUUGCUGGAGCAGCCACAGACAACUGCCUGAUGGAGAAGGAAUGAACAUUUUGCCUUGCUUAUGCUAUCGAUGAGAAUAAGGCUCUGUGUUUCUUCUGUUACAUGGGGUAUCUGGAUUAAUCAAGCUGUAUUCUAGUACCAAGAGUCCCAUUGUCUCUUGUGGUCUGACUCAUCGCAUGUAAAUGGACCGCAGCUUUGCUAUUAAUGCAGAGUGGUUUUUUUUUCUUUCCCUAACACAGAAAGAAUUGUCAACCUCUGAGCUUCAUUUUAAGAAUUUAUGCUGAGCUCUAGAUGUAUUUUUUUGGGUGGGGGGCGGGAAUAGUAUCUGCAUUAAACUAGUGAAGCUGAAGAAAUGAAGACAAAUUAGAAGUGAACAGUAACAGUUAGAUUUUAUUUUUAAUUUUCAAUUGUAAGCAAGCCAGCUCCUGGUAACUAUGUGACCUUGUAGGCAAGAGUGGGGAUAGCUGUGAUCUUCUCUGUCACAGCAGUUGUUUCUCAUUUGAUUCUGUAUUGUGUGGUGGCGUCCCCCAAAACAAUGAUCUUUUCAUGCAAGUAAAUUUCUGUGAGACAGAGCAAUAUGAUUAUUUUGGUAGGGCUAAAAUAUUUUUAAAUGAGCUUGUUCUGGACUCAUUUUAGUUAGUGACAUGUUGAUGUGAAAUUUAAGUACUGCAGUAACCCAACAGAAAAUAACAGAAUUCUGUCGUUUUAGGAAGUUAUAAGUUAUAUAGUCAUAAUUUUGAACUUAGCUUUUCUGAUAGUACUUACUAACCUGAAACAAUCAGCUGUGCUGUUCAGAGGAUGAUUCUAAGUGUUGUACAGAAGAGGAGGAACUACUUAUGCUCUUCCGACUGUGACUUUUAUCACAUAGCUUGGAAUUUGGUAUUAUAAAAGAGCGAAUGAGUCGAGUGUGUAUUGUUGUUUUGGAGGAGGUAGAAGAUGAAUCUCCUGCAUUCAUUUCUAAAUUGCCACAGGAAAAUAAAUCUCUACAUUCUCUACCUUCUGGAAAUGUAUUGCCAUCACUGGUGCAAGCUAUAUUUAAUGGAGAUCCUGAUGAAGUUCGAGCACUAAUAUUUAAGAAAGAAGAUGUUAACUUUCAGGACAAUGAAAAGAGAACUCCACUGCAUGCUGCUGCCUAUCUUGGAGAUGCAGAAAUCAUUGAACUGCUUAUUUUAUCUGGAGCUAGAGUUAAUGCCAAAGACAGCAAAUGGUUGACACCUUUACACAGAGCAGUUGCAUCUUGUAGUGAGGAAGCAGUUCAGGUACUUUUGAAGCAUUCUGCAGAUGUUAAUGCUCGAGACAAAAACUGGCAAACCCCUUUACACAUAGCUGCUGCUAAUAAAGCUGUAAAGUGCGCUGAAGCUUUGGUGCCUCUUCUGAGUAAUGUAAACGUGUCCGAUCGAGCAGGGAGAACUGCAUUACAUCAUGCCGCUUUCAGUGGACAUGGUGAGAUGGUAAAGUUACUCUUGUCUAGAGGUGCCAAUAUUAAUGCUUUUGAUAAAAAAGAUAGACGUGCUAUCCACUGGGCAGCAUAUAUGGGUCACAUUGAAGUAGUGAAAUUACUUGUGGCACAUGGAGCUGAAGUGACAUGUAAAGAUAAGAAGUCUUACACACCUCUUCAUGCAGCAGCCUCCAGCGGGAUGAUCAGCAUAGUCAAGUACCUUCUAGAUCUUGGAGUUGACAUGAAUGAACCAAAUGCCUAUGGAAAUACACCUCUUCAUGUAGCCUGCUAUAAUGGACAAGAUGUUGUAGUGAAUGAACUUAUAGACUGUGGUGCUAAUGUAAAUCAAAAGAAUGAAAAAGGAUUUACUCCUUUGCACUUUGCUGCUGCAUCAACACAUGGAGCAUUGUGUUUAGAGCUUCUAGUAGGCAAUGGAGCUGAUGUCAAUAUGAAGAGCAAAGAUGGGAAAACCCCACUACACAUGACUGCCCUCCAUGGUAGAUUCUCCAGAUCACAAACCAUUAUCCAGAGUGGAGCUGUAAUUGACUGUGAGGAUAAAAAUAGAAACACUCCUUUGCACAUAGCAGCAAGGUAUGGCCAUGAGCUGCUGAUCAACACUCUUAUUACAAGUGGUGCUGACACUGCAAACUGUUUAAAAUUGAGAAGAUUUUGUGUAUUAAAACUCAUUGAUGAAGAUGUAUUCAUUUUUAUAGGGUUUGAUGUAGAUACCCCAGAUGAUUUGGGCAGGACCUGUCUACAUGCAGCUGCGGCUGGAGGGAAUUUGGAGUGCCUAAAUCUUCUGCUGAAUACUGGUGCAGAUUUCAACAAAAAGGACAAAUUUGGGAGAUCUCCACUGCACUAUGCUGCUGCCAACUGCAAUUACCAGUGCCUGUUUGCUCUUGUGGGCUCAGGAGCAAGUGUGAAUGACCUUGAUGAGCGAGGCUGCACCCCCCUGCACUACGCGGCCACAUCAGACACAGACGGCAAGUGCCUGGAAUACUUACUAAGAAAUGAUGCAAAUCCAGGGAUCCGGGACAAGCAAGGAUACAAUGCAGUUCAUUAUUCAGCUGCUUAUGGUCACCGUCUAUGUCUUCAACUGAUUGCAAGUGAAACUCCUUUAGAUGUUUUAAUGGAAACCUCAGGAACAGACAUGCUGAGUGAUUCAGACAAUAGAGCAACAAUAAGCCCUUUACACUUGGCUGCCUAUCACGGUCAUCAUCAAGCACUGGAAGUGUUAGUACAGUCUUUGUUAGAUCUUGAUGUGAGAAAUAGCAGUGGACGAACACCAUUAGAUCUGGCAGCAUUUAAGGGCCAUGUUGAAUGUGUGGAUGUACUCAUUAAUCAGGGAGCUUCAAUCUUGGUAAAAGAUUAUAUUUUAAAGAGAACACCUAUACAUGCAGCAGCAACAAAUGGUCAUUCAGAGUGUUUACGACUGCUAAUAGGAAAUGCAGAACCACAGAAUGCAGUAGAUAUUCAAGAUGGAAAUGGACAGACUCCUCUGAUGCUGUCUGUCCUUAACGGGCACACAGACUGUGUCUACUCAUUGCUGAACAAAGGGGCUGACAUCGAUGCCAAAGACAAGUGGGGAAGGACAGCAUUGCAUAGAGGGGCAGUUACAGGCCAUGAAGAAUGUGUAGAUGCAUUACUUCAGCAUGGUGCUAAGUGCUUACUUCGGGAUAGCAGGGGCUGCACUCCUAUACAUUUGGCAGCUGCCUGUGGACACAUUGGUGUUGUUGGAGCCCUUUUGCAGUCAGCAGCAUCUGUGGAUGCAAAUCCAGCCAUAGCAGACAAUCAUGGGUAUACAGCACUUCACUGGGCCUGCUACAACGGUCACGAGACAUGUGUAGAACUUCUUUUAGAACAGGAAGUUUUCCAGAAAAUGGAAGGAAAUGCUUUUAGUCCAUUGCAUUGUGCUGUGAUAAAUGACAAUGAAGGUGCUGCUGAGAUGUUGAUUGAUACGUUAGGUGCCAGCAUCGUGAACUCCACAGAUUCAAAAGGAAGAACUCCUCUCCACGCAGCCGCCUUCACAGACCACGUAGAGUGCUUACAGCUGCUGCUCAGCCAUAAUGCUCAAGUCAAUUCUAUAGACUCUUCUGGGAAAACGCCCCUCAUGAUGGCUGCAGAAAAUGGACAAACAAACACAGUUGAAAUGCUGGUUAGCAGUGCUAGUGCGGAUCUGACGGUGCAGGACAACAGUAAAAACACCGCCCUCCACUUGGCUUGCAGCAAGGGUCAUGAAACUAGUGCCUUGUUAAUAUUGGAAAAGAUAACAGAUCGAAACCUCAUCAAUGCAACCAAUGCAGCCUUGCAAACACCUCUGCAUGUUGCUGCCCGGAAUGGGCUAACAAUGGUGGUUCAGGAACUUCUGGGGAAAGGAGCAAGCGUGCUUGCAGUAGAUGAAAAUGGCUAUACCCCAGCUUUGGCCUGCGCUCCCAAUAAGGACGUAGCUGACUGCCUAGCUCUCAUUUUGGCCACCAUGAUGCCUGUGUCAUCAAGUAGCCCUUUGUCAUCCCUGACAUUCAAUGCCAUUAACCGCUAUACCAACACCUCAAAAACAGUCAGCUUCGAAGCCUUGCCCAUCAUGAGGAGUGAGCCUAGCUCCUACUGCAGUUUCAACAACAUUGGUGGGGACCAGGAGUACUUAUACACCGACGUGGAUGAACUCAACGACUCCGAUUCUGAGACCUACUAGAGGCUGAGCUGGAGGUGGAAGGAUGGAGUUCUGACCCUAAUGGUUCAAACUGUGCUUUUUCAGGAAAAAGGCACUUUCUUAUUCACAUACAAAUUCAACCUAAGAGGAAAGAUCGAAGAGUGAGCGAAUUUAAGAAAUGUGAUGACAUUAGGAAGAAAAGUUUUAAAGGCAAGUUUUGCAAAAGGAACUUCUAAGAGUAUUGAAAUAGGCUUGACCAGAGAAAAACACUUUGAUAUCAAAUUGCUUCAUGGAAUUGUUUGAUUUGGUUUUGCAGUGCCAGGAAUAAUUUGGGACACUGCACCCUAAUCUGCUUACACAAGUAGCACCAUUGUAAGUGAAGAGAUAAGGACACUGCAUUGAAAUUUUAUCAAUAAAACUCCAACUAAAUUUACAGGCAAUAAAAGUUUGGUACAGUAGGCAUUAUGUGCAAAGCAGAUUGCCAAAGGACCAAGUAACUUACAGGUUUUUUAAUAGUAUGACAUUCUGUGGAAACUGGAUGAGGUGAAUGAUACAUUAUCUAAACCAAACUUUAAUAUUUCUGAAAAUGAAGCUGAGUUUUGGUUAUAAGUGAUUUUUUUUAAGAAAACAUCUGAAAGCCUUCGAAUACUAUAUUAAACCAUGAGAGAAAGCAGGUGUAUUUUUACAUUUUUUUUCUUUUACAUAAAAAUUUUUAAAUUCCAACUUUUAUAUUAGAAUUAAAAACCAGGUGACUGGGUACAGUCAGGAUGGAAAUACUUUCGGUGUAGACAUGAGAUAGUGAGUGGUUGGGCCGCUGUUGCCCAGCUCUGAAUGGUUUAGGUUUAAAGUUGAACUAUUUUUAUUUGAAAAUGUAAAAAAUUGCCUAGAAGAAAAUUUCAUGAAAUCAAAAAGUAGAUUAUUUUCAUGCUCUUGAGGCUAAGUGGUUCUGGGAAUUGAAUACACAGCCUCACUACUGUGGAUGGUAUACCUUUGUCACUCACGUUACUUUUGUGCCUCCACAGUGGAUUGGGGGACUUCAGUUGCCAUUGUUUAGUGAAGAAUCAAAAAGAAAAAAAUCCCUUGUUACUGAUAAGUUAACGUCACCAGGUAUUGGAAGGCCUUCUUAUAUUGGGUUCUAAAUAGAUGUGAAGUAGUAUGUUUGUAAUAUGCUACUGUUUGGGGAAAGAAGCAAUUGCCUGUCAAAAUGGAAGACUGCCUUUCAGAUAGAAAGAAAAAAAAAAGCUGAAGUCUAAGCUUUUAAAUAACACUUUAUAUGGUUCUGCUUUUACUAUAACUCACUUUCACAGUGAGAAUGAUUUCACAUACGUAGGGGGUCUUACACAUCUAAAGUUCCAUAAAUUUUCACAAGAUGAUACCCAAUUUCAUUUUAUCCUUUUUGUAUUGUAAAACUGGAAACUUUAUGACAUUGUAAAUUAUCAGCUGGUUUUUCUGAAUAUAAAGUGUGAAAACACAGAACAGUAUUUUGAUCUCUUUGAUAAUUUUGUGGGGUUUUGAAGAAUUAAUGAGCAUGUACAUAGAAAUAGUGACUGCUUGAAUACUGUAUUUACUUGCACUCUUUCAGUACAUCAAGAUUCCUGUAUAUUUUAGAGUAUAAUAAAAACACAGAUGUGAGUUGUAUUUAAUGAAUAAUGUAUUUGUAUCUGUGCAUACUAUCAAAAAGUCUAUAAAGUUUCUAGGGCAUUGACUACUAGAUUUUGAGCAUUUUUCUAAAAUAUUUACAGAAAUUAUAAAUGUAAUCUUCCAUCUUUAUAAUAUAAAGAAGUCAUAAUGGACCCUUCCUAUUAGUGGUAGGAAGGUGCAUAUGCAUUCUAAAGACAGUGGACUACAUUUUCUAUUGUACCUUUUGAAAAAAAGAAAAAAACUCAAGAGGAUUCUAAAAGUAUACAUAUGUGUGCUUUCUCUUUCCUUUUAGGAAUUCGCUUCUGAAUUCCCUGAGGGAAUUUUCUAGAAUCUCAGAAUUGAAAGAGACCUGAGGUUCAUCCAGUCUAACCUCUUAACAAAUGCAGGAGACCCUUCACAAGGGUAAUCUAUCCACCUUGAACACUUCCAGUGACUCUACCUCACCAAGCAGUCCAUUCAGUUGUUGAGCAACUCUGUUAGAAAGGUCUUCCUUAGAUGAAGUUGAAGCCUCCCUCCCAGUAACUUCUGUCCUUAGGCCUCCAUGUGCCCUGCAAGAGAAGGCUGAGAAUGUUGGUUGGAUGAAUCUUGCGUCCUCUGCCAUGUCUUCUCUUUUACAGGGGGUUUGACUCGUGUAUUGAACUGGUUUCCAGAAGGACUCAUUAGACACUGCUAGAUUUACCACAUCUAAUGCAAUCCACGGUGUAGCUAUAAAGUAACAAGCUGUUUUCAAUUUAUCCUCAUAUACAUGAACUUAGAUCUUGUGUCACUUUGUGUAAAUGAUGCUAAUACUAAAAAUAUUUGUGAAGUGGUUCUUUCCAUUGCUUGAAAUAGGAAAACUGUUUCAUUGCUUUGUGACCACAUUUUGUGAUAGUCUGUCCCCCAGCUUGAUCAGCAAUUUCCCUUGGUCUGCACCUGAGGAGGGGAACCCAAAGUGCCAUCCCAGAUUGUGCUUGUGUAACUGCAGCGGUAUUGCUUGCUGGUCCACAGGCGGCUCACCCAAAGGAAAAUAGCACCACUUACGUUCCUUUAUAGUUACACCUGGUAUGUCAGAAACAUUCAGGCCCUGCUCUGUAAUGGUUUUCAUUCACACACAGAAAAUCCUGUUUGCUUUUUAACUUCUGCAUGAAAGAUGACACCUGAAAUAUAUGAUGUGUAUUAUAACAAUACCAGCUUCUGCUUUAGAACUACUUUGGGGGAAAUGGUGGUAUUAGCAAAUGCCCUUCUUUAACAAGACACUCACCUCAAACAGUGCCAUUUAGUUCAGGAGAUCUCUAAGUGUAGCUGUCAAUUUGGGAUUUAAUUUGGCUUAUAUUGGACCUUUUAAAUGAAAUAAAGUUUUUUAAUGCAGUAAA